AUGAACGGUAAUUUAACUGGCGAGGGAUUAAUUCAAGAUGAGAUAGAAUUAAAAAAUUAUUUGAAAAACGUGACAGAACGCGAGCGGAAGACGACCCACUCAACUCCAGUAGACCAACCUUCAAAUUUACUGAGUUCACUUUGGUUCCAUCCGGCAAUGAGGAACCCCAGAGAAAUAUCUCCGCUGCUACGACGCUGCGCUUACCAAUUAGCACCAACUGUUGACAAAACAAAAUCUUUGAGUCAAGGAAACGAAGAAGGAACAUCUCCUCGUGGUUACUUCGGUGCUCCGGAUGUCUGGCGAAAGUACCGAGUCGACAGUCACAAAGUGAACCAAUGGAUGGCUAAUUUACGCCUCUGGAUAAGCAAAACAGACGUCAAGCGGGUGAUGCUUGCAAUAAAGGCGGUAGGACACGUAGGGCAAGAUCGACUGCGAAAAUUAGCCCAGGCUCAAAACAUUGUCAUGAGAAUCACAACGCUUCCGCCUCUGGAACCUUUUCUCGAGAUUUCUAAUAACCAGGUCUAUCACAUCAAGCGAAUCAAGGAACUGGCCCAAAGGAAGGUCCGUGAGCGAUGGUACAGCGGUGAACCCUACAAUGGAGAACUCUGGGAAAAUAGUUUGCCAAUAGACACAGCUAUCAUCAACCUGACGCCACGACGUUUACUUCCAGGUACAUAG